AUGCCGUCACCACCACUGUCUCUCUCUAUCUUUCUUUCCAUCUCUCUAUCUUUCUCUAUCUAUCUAUCUAUCUAUCUAUCUAUCUAUCUAUCUAUCUAUCUAUCUAUCUAUCUCUCUCUCUAUCUUCCUCUAUCUUUCUCUCUCUAUCUUUUUCUCUCUAUCUGUCUCUCUAUAUAUAUUUCUCUCUCUCUAUCUUUCACUCUCUCUUUCUCUUUCUGUCUAUAUUUCUCUCUUUCUCUUUCUGUCUAUAUUUCUUUCUCUCUCUCUUUUUCUAUCUCUUUAUCUUUUUCUCUCUCUCUUUCUUUCUUUCUCUCUCUCUUUAUCACUCUCUCUUUCUCUCUCUCUAUCUUUCUCUCUAUUUUCUCUCUCUCUCUUUCUUUCUUUCUUUCUCUGUAUCUUUCUCUAUAUAUAUCUUUCUCUCCCUCUUCCCCUCUCUCUUUCUCUCUCUAUAUCUUUCUCUCUAUAUAUAUAUUUCUCUCUCUCUUUCUCUCUCUCUUUCUCUCCCUUUAUUUUUCUCUCUAUGUAUCUCUCUCUCUAUCUAUCUAUCUCUCUAUCUAUCUCUCUAUCUAUCUACCUGUCUCUCUCUCUAUCUUUGUCUCUCUCUCUGCUAUGAUUUCUACACUGCUUCCACCCAGAGGUAAAAAAAAAACUCAAUCUAAUACGGUUCAUUACUAUUCCACUCUUCUUCUUCCUCCUCUUCCCAUAAAAAAAAAAAAAAACAUUUCAAAGGGAAGUGGGUAUCCUAGCUCUAUUUAA